UUCUAGUAGACAGUCACUAUGUCGGGAGCAUCGAUUUCCUACCCCCACCACGUCCAGGCGUCAGGGUUCGCAGCCGCGGCGACGUCGGAGCGCAGCUCAGCGAGUCAGUCGAGGACCGAUCUCCGGUCAACUAAGAUGGCCACGUGCUAUUCCGCGUACGAGUUGUCCCCUCCCCAGAGGACAGUGCAAGUGCCUGCCGCCGUGCCACAGAAGGACUACUCCAGGCCGCUGCACGUCGACUGCAGCGUGGAGUACGAGCUGCCCAACACGGCCAAACCCCCGCAGGGGGUGCGCAACGAGCCCCUGCUGAUGAUCCACCCCUGCUACUUCCGCAAGAUCGAGAGCCAGCGGCGGAGCCCCUUCAUCAACAACCUGCCGCCGGCCAGGCCCGCCGUCGCCGCCGCAGCCAAGCGCAGGAUGCCCCGCGGCCAGCAGCUGCCCCAGCAAGUGCCCCAACAGGCCGCCCAGUACCCCGUGCAGUACGCCGCGGCGGCCGCGGCCGCCGCCGUCACCGACAGACAGCUGUGGGAGCCAAUGCCACCCCUGGUGCCCAUUUCCACGGCGGCCGCCCAGCCCUACUGCAAGCGCGACCAGCAGACCUACAGCUCGUCGUCGGGCAGUGAUUCCGGCCACUGGACGGACCCGGACCGGUCGCCGGACCGCCCCGAGGAGAAGCACAUCCUCUCCGGCAAGUACCGGCAGUACCUGAGGGCCCACCGGCUGCACCCCUACGUGAGCUCGGCGAUCCCGCUGGCGUCAACGUUUCCUCACCAGAUCCAGCAGGUGUGCUACAACGUGUGAUCGCUGUGAUGUGCUCCGGACGCCGCCCCAUUCGCCUCAUCUGUGGUUUCCUUAACCUUUCUUGUGAUAAUAGUGUGUAAUUAUGUGUCUACGACGACGUCGACGACGGCUCCGACGGCGCGCAUGUCUCUCGCCGCUCCGGGCGUGGUGGUAGUGAUCCCGAUAGGUCAGCUAUGUCUGUGCGGCUUCUUCGACCUCCCGCUGAUGAUGCUGGACGACGACGCCUCCAAGUGCUGUGCUGGUGAUGGUGUCGAUGGACUGACCCGCGCGGCGGGCGCUGGUCGCCCAGGUGUCUGCGACAAGGCUUCGGGCGAGCGCGUAAUACCAUUCCUAAGCUUUAAUUGUAAAUUCUAAAUCUAUCCGUGCAUCAUACAUACAUAAUAUGUUAUUAUCAUUAUUAAUUAGCCAGGUAAAGAUCAGUGGGCUUCUCCAAAUUGUAGACGUACGAUAUUUUGCGGGCCCAGACUCCACCAGUUUUAACUCACCACCGGCCGCACAUUUCCACACACUUCCGAAACUUGGAUCUGACACCGAAAGUAACGUAAAAAGUAUUCAGUUUAUUUUUCACUUCAGUUAGUUUCAAUUUUAUAAAAAAAUCGGUUUACUGGACGCAAUAAUUCGAAAUGAAAAUUCGAGUGGUUUUUUUUCCAAGUCCCAUAUUAUUCGUGUCACAUUCGGGUUCAAAUCCAGUCGUUGAUGCCAAAUGUAUUAUCGGCUGCAUCCAAAUUUAAUUAACUUUGGCAUAUUCGCGAUCGAUAUUACCGCAUAAGUGCAAUUCCUGGUUGUUUUCCGGUGCCGGAUAAUGGAAUAACCGAUAAAAUCGUAAAUAUCAACAAAUUACUCACUCCAGAUAACAACUAAUUAGGAUGCGAGUCGUUAACUAGAUAAAGACGCGGUUUUGGAAUCUCGCGUAUCAAAUUAAAAUUUGAUUGACAUUUGAAAGAACGGCCUGUUAAAAAAUCCCGUGUAAUUAAUUAACGUUGUGCCCGUAGGUCGUUCGGAACCAGUUUCUAUCUUCGAAUUAACAUACGAAGUGUAAAACGUCAGUGGGUUAGUAUUAUGAUAAUAGGUGGAUGAGGAACGUUUUUUUAAACAAAAACCGGUGGUGGUUAGACCGACACUUCGGCAAAGUAAGCUCUGAAAGUAACAUAGCUGUUAUCAUAUAACAUAAUUAUUAACUGUUUGUAAACUUGAAGUAUAUUUAGUGUUAAGGUCUUAUAAUUUCCCUCUACCAAAACAGCUGUUGUGUAAUUGAACUAGUAAGAUGCUUGAAAUACAUAUAUCCUACGUCUUUCAUUAGAUAUUAGGCUAGGUAUUUGUAAUUAAUAUUUGAAUCUACUACGGCAGAAUAUUUACGGGUCAUAUAAGAUAUAGGUAUUAGACAAUACAUCUCAUUUCGAUUCUGUAUCGCGGUAUUGAUUGAUUUUCGUUGUUCGGGGGACUGUCGCAGAGACUUGGACGGUUCAGCCGCGAUGCGCCUCGCUGUGCCGUCGGAAAACGUUCAUUUCAGUUUAGUUGUCCCAUAGAACUGUUUUCGUACUGGAAGAAUGUUAAUUUAUUUUAGUUCUGUUGUAAGGGAUAAAUUAUUCUGUCAACCAAGACGACUGACUGACCGAUCUAGUUUGUAUAUCGAGAGGAAGGUGUAGAUAUUUUUGUUACCGUUAUGUUUUGUAUAGUUUCAGUUAGGGAGACAUGUUUAGUAGCAUUCCAAUGAUGUUUUAAGUUUAGUUCGAGUGUAACUUGUUCAGUUCUGUGCAAACGGCAAGGUAACUCGGCUUAUGCGCAUCACGUCACUGUUUCUCGUAAUUCUCGCAGAAAAAAAAAGCUUCAGACUGUCCCGUUUUUUCGGAAAAUGCCGUGGCGUGAUCCGGAUAAGCCCAAGUCGUAUCGGAUCACAAGAAUCGCUAUCGAUCUGGUGUAAUGUAAAUGUUCUUUGCAUUCUGUUGUUGCCAUUUAUCUCCAAAAGAGUGUCAAAUUUAGUACUAGUUAAUACGAAUCUGUAAAGGAGACACGAUUUACUUACCAAAUGAGAAAAAAAAAACACCCAGAAAACUUAUCGGGCUCAAAAGACGGGACUUCAGGGUAAAAUCUCGACAAAGAACUGAAUAUAUUUACUUUUUUAAAUCUUUCAAAAAUUUAUUUUUGUAUAUGCGAACUCGUGUGAAUCGUAUCCCAGAACUCAAAGAGCUUUGAGCCCCUAAGUUUUUCGACGGAGAGACAUUUUGGAAGCAAAAAAAAAUGAAAUCUUAAUACAUUCUGUGGCUACCUACUUCGUACACCAAAGAAAAUAUCUAUCACUGUAUAUAUAAAACUAGAAAAACAGGUCGGUCGGGGCCACUAUAUCACCCCGGCCGAUGUCGAAAAAAAUUGUGAAUAUGUAUAAAAUAUUGCUAUAUAUACUGUACAGCUAGUCAUAGUCAAAAUACGCUUAUAAGAUAUGAAUAAAACGUGUUACUGUUUUUAUAGAAUGAA